AGAGAGAGAGAGAGAGAGAGAGAGAGAGAGAGAUAGCGUGAGCGUGAGCUGAACGCGUUGCGUCUUCGGCAAAACAGCUUUUGUAUCUUACUCUGUCAGUCGCGUUAUAUAGCAUGUCUUCAUCAGACACGUAGUUUUUAUUUUAAUUUUCAGAGUUUUAGAAAAAUGUUCCACUUCUCGACUGGAGACAGACUCAUCAAAGCCACAUAGCGUUUCUCAAGUGUGGACAUGAUGGUUCCCUGAUAGUCUGAUCUAUCCUGGGUCUGAUCUGACCGUGUGUGGGGGCUGGUGAUGAGUUUCAGGGGUCCUGAUGUGUCUGAUGUGGCCUUUCCUUUGAGCUGAACAGCGGCACCGGACUUAGUCUGGGAUCUUCAUCUAGAUGGACACGAGAGAUAAUCGGUGUUCAUUGUUUGUUUAGGUAUUAAACUGGAGUUUUGACGGACUAGCACAUCAGACUGUUGCAUAUUAUUGAUCUAGCAGCUCAGAUCGUUCAUAUGAACGGCUGUGCGCCAGAUCGACAGAGAUGUCAAAAGGACGAGUGCUGAAGUCUCGACAAAGAUCUGAAGACGGAAAACGGUCGGCUGGUAUGCUGGAGGAAAUCACUGUGUCUAUGAGCAGAGAUGCAGCUGAGGAGUUCUUUGAGUAUGAUGCUGAGGAAUUGCUGGUGUUCCUGACAUUCCUGAUCACUGAGGGACGGACUCCGGAAUGUUCUGUAAAGGGGCGGACCGAAGGGCUUCAUUGCCCACCUGCCCAGUCUGCAAUGCCUGUCCUCACCAAACACGAAUGCAGCGACAAAAUACCCCAGUGUCGUCAGGCAAGGAGAACGAGGUCAGAGGUCAUGUUACUGUGGCGCAAUCACAUCCCCAUCAUGAUAGAAGUGAUGCUUCUUCCUGAUUGUUGCUAUAGCGAUGAAGGCCCAACCACAGACUGCACGGACCUUAACGACCCAGCAAUAAAACAAGAUGCUCUUCUACUGGAGAGAUGGACCUUACAGCCAGUACCGAGACAGGGUGGAGAUCGCUUUGUUGAGGAGAAAACCCUGCUUUUGGCUGUGCGUUCUUAUGUGUUUUUCUCGCAGCUCAGCGCCUGGCUCAGUGCUUCUCAUGGACUUGUACCUAGAAACAUUCUUUACAGAAUAAGUGCAGCUGAUGAGGAACUGAUAUGGAACUUCUCCCAGACGCCUUCUGAACAUGCGUUCCCUGUCCCAAAUGUGUCCCACAGUGUCGCUCUGAAAGUGCGGGUUCAGUCUCUGCCCCGCCAGCCCAAAUACCCCAUACUUAGAUGUAGCAUCCACUCAGGUCUUGCUCUUUUGGGCAAGAAAGGCCUGGAGCAUGGCGAGAGGGGCACUCAUGCUGGGGAAAAACGCAAUUCCCUCCGUUUGCCAGCGUCUCCACUCCUUUCCAGGCCUCUACGUUCUUCUCCAUCUCCCCUCAGCCCCCUUAACUCUCGUAAAUUCCCCCCUCGCCCUGCGUCCCCUCUCUCACCCGGCAAAGGCAUCAAGUGGUUGUACUCUCGGCUAAAUGGCGGUGUUGACGUCCCCCCUACAGAGGUGUACAGCUCGUGUUCUAAUGGGGCAGAGAGCCCGAAGACAUCUAGAGUGGAGUCACCAGUUCGUUCUUUUAAAUCACUGUCUCUCACUGACCCUUUAUUGACCCCUAGUCCGAGUCCCAACUCCAUCUCAGGUGAAACUAACCCUCUCAUUGGCUCCCUGCUUCAGGAGCGACAGGAAGUCAUCGCUCGCAUUGCUCAGCGGUUAAAUUUCUGUGACCCUACAGCUCCCCAUCUUCCCGAUGCUCUAUUUGCACCUCAUGAACCUCCAGGACCCAAAACACCCUGGAGCUCGCCACAAAACAAGGAUCGUUUGAAGAAACCCAAAGAGUCCCUCUUCCCUGUCCCCCAACCUCCAUCUUACAAUGGAACCAGCCCAGAAAAGCCAGAGAGGAGCCGGUCUUCUCUCUUUGACACCCCUUUGAGCCCCAGAAGCAGAACCCAGCUAGGCCGAGUGGACGACAAAUCCAAAACCUCCCCAAAACUGUCGACAUGUAGACGAUUGGUACUUAGUGACCAGUCUGCUGAAGGUUCCCUUAUCGCAGAUGCAGUUCAGGACAUAUCAAGGUUGAUUCAGGAGCGACUGCAACAUUCCUACAGUCUCCUGAAUGCCACCUAUAAAUGUAAGACUUCUCAAACUGAACAGGUAGGCACAAGCCACGGCGCCCAGACGAACGGCUGUGCAUCACCACCGAGCAGUAAGAAGCCCUCGAACGUAACCAAUGGUGCAGCAAUCACAGACCAUCCUGUUUCUCAAGCAACAAAAUGUUGCAAACCUCCCGACUCUACUCAAAGCCAGCAAGACUGUUUCACUAGGCCACGAAAUGUGGCCAGCCCAAAACUUGAAGACCAAAACAGCAAAAAAUCACGUCCGUUAACGACAAGCAAUUACAGAGAGAAUGCCAAAAGAGAGUCAAGUUCCUCUUUGAAAAACAACUUUAGCCAUGAGAGAUCUCUUCAGGAGAAUGGGCUAACCCUGACUGGGCACCUCGAACCAACCACGACAAAAGAGGCAAUCCGUGAGAAAAGAACGGAGAAGCACGGCAAGGAUGGGUCCAACAGUCCUGAGAAGGAUGAGAACCAGGAGCCUUGGACGUCCUACUCUAGCACACCAGCCAACCUUACCCACAACUCCCCCAGUCAUGCCCUUUCUUACACACAGAGUAGCCAUACGAUCCAUCCCCCCUCCCCUCUUAAGCCAUGCCGUAACUGGAAAAAACAGAAUCGUCACUCCAUAGACGGAACCGCAACGAAAGCCUUCCAUCCCUGUACAGGCCUACCUCUCCUCUCCAGCCCUGUUCCGCAAAGAAAAAACCAGACAGGAUAUUUUGAUUUGGACACAUCUUUGAUUCACUGCAAAGGUGUGCCAUGGGCUGCCAAUAAGAGGGUUUUGAAAAGAUCACAAGACUGUGAUGAGUCUCAGCAGCAGAUCCUCAGUGCCAGCGCUCCUCCCGCAAGCCUCAGCCUUUUAGGAAACUUUGAGGAAUGUGUUCUUAACUAUCGUUUGGAGCCAUUGGGUACUGUUGAGGGUUUUACAGCUGAGGUGGGUGCGAGUGGAACCUUCUGCCCCAGUCACACAACCUUACCUGUGGACGUGUCCUUCUACAGCGUCUCUGAUGAUAAUGCACCUUCCCCCUACAUGGGUGUUAUUAACUUGGAGUCUCUCGGUAAGGGGAGGGGAUAUCGAGUACCUCCAUCAGGAACCAUUCAAGUGACCUUAUUUAAUCCUAAUAAGACAGUGGUGAAGAUGUUUGUGGUGAUGUACGAUUUGAGGGAAAUGCCCGCCGGCCAUCAGACAUUCCUGCGGCAGAGAACCUUCUCGGUCCCAGUCAAACGCGAAUGCAACGGACAAAACAACAAAAAGCCACCCACACUGGGCCAAGGACGAACCCUCCGCUACCUCAUCCACCUGAGGUUCCAGAGCUCCAAAUCUGGAAAGAUCUACCUCCAUCGGGACAUCCGGUUUCUUUUCUCCCGUAAAUCCAUGGAAGUGGACAGUGGUGCUGCCUACGAGCUCAAAUCUUUCACAGAAUCACCUGCCGACCCCCCUUUCUCUCCCAGAUGCUAAUUUAUCUAAUCUAGUCUAGUCUGACCUUAAUCCAACAUAGGGGCCUUAAUGAAUCUUUCAUCUGCUUGAACUGAAAUAAAAAAAGAGAAGCCCACUAACACACACACAUGCACAGAAGGACUAUUACCAUUAAUGCCCCUUUCCUAAAAAUACACACCAGAUAAUCGUUAUUAGAUUUAAAACUGCGGAUGAUUGGGAAUUUUUGUACUUCCAGGUUGAUUUCUAGACAUUCAGCAUGGUCUAAUAAAAAACAAUAACGCAUACCUAAAUCCAUGGACCAUUUUUGAAACAAAAAACGAAUGCGUAGCUGGAAGGGGUGUUUAAAGAGCACUGUGUUUUUUCAUCACAACUGGAAUGAACUGAGUUUUGUUCAUCAAUUUCUUUCUUUGUACUGUUACCAAACCACUUUAAUCGGAAGUGUUGCAAUAGAAAACAAAUAUCUUACUAGCUUAGUGUUUACAUAUUUACUUUUUGUCAUCAGUUAUUUAAUAUUUAAAUUGAACUUUCAUUUACUGCACAUGUGAUGCCUGUUGUACAAAACAUUAUGAUGUAGUGCAAAGAUUAAAUCAUACCAUGUAUUUUUGUCUUUCAAAUUCAGAUCUUAAUGAAUAAAAUAAUUAUAUAUUAUAUCUAUAAAA